UUAGGGGCGGUUAGGUUGACUGCUACUUUACGAGUGGAGGCUGUUUUGACCGCAGUGGAUGAAGGGAGCAGCGCAAACUCUCAUACAAAUGUUCAUAGUUCUUUGUUUGGUUUCAUCUUGUAGAAUACUUUAAUCUUAAAUAAUAAUAAUUUAUUUGUUCAGUGUUUAUGAUAGAAGCUCGCUAACGUAAAAAUUAUGCGACAUAUAUGACGUCUUUAACAGCGCGCCGGAUUAGUGUUCGAAAAUAUUAUAUAUAUUGAAUAUUGUCCACUAUAUAAAAGUCCCAAAAUAGUGAUUAAGGAGGAGGGAAUGAUUGAAGAAAUCCGAACACAACCAGUGUCAAUCUUCUCUUAAGAUCUCAGUUACCGAUCGACAGCUUUUCGUGUUAUCGACGAGCAGCGACUGAAUACAAGCUAACUAAUACUUCUUUGCAACCAUUCCGCAACUUUUUGUCUUUUUAAACUGGCCACAUUUGGCAGACUACUAUGACUCGCCACGGGAAAAACUGCACAGCUGGAGCCGUCUACACAUACCACGAGAAAAAGAAGGAUACAGCGGCAUCGGGUUACGGCACACAGAGCAUUCGUCUUGGUAAAGAUGCCAUCAAAGACUUUGACUGCUGCUGUUUGUCCCUGCAACCUUGCCAGACUCCCGUGGUCACUCCAGAUGGAUUCUUGUAUGAAAAACAGGCUAUUCUGGAAUGCAUUCUGCAUCAGAAAACGGACAUUGCCAAGAAGAUGAAGGCCUAUGAGAAGCACAAACAAGCUCAGAAGAAGGACAGUCAGCUUGACUCCAAGUCAGAGGAAAGGGAGAAAGUAGAGAAGUUUAAAACCAGGGAGAACAGCAUUGUAUCCAAACCCAUCAACCCUUUCACUUCGGGGCAAAACAGAGUAGGUGAGAAAAUCAGGACGGACAGUAGCUCCUCAUCAUCAGCACCAUCCUCCACUGGUUCAGUGGCCUCCUCCAGCCAGAGUCUGCCCAGCUUCUGGAUUCCUUCUCUGACACCUGAAGCGAAGCCCACCCUUCUCAAGAAACCAAGUAAGACUGUGUUGUGUCCGAUGUCGGGGCGGCCGAUUAAGAUGAGCGAGCUGGUCACAGUUCGCUUCACCCCGAUAGACCCGAGUCUGGACCGAGUGGCCCUGAUCAACCGCCAGGACAGGUACGUCUGUGCAGUAACCAAAGACGUCCUGGGCAACAGCGUUCCCUGCGCUGUCCUGCGACCUUCGGGAUGUGUGGUGACGCAGGAGUGUGUGGAGAGACUCAUCAAGAUGGACAUGACCGAUCCUGUGAGUGGAGACAAGCUUUCCGACAAAGACAUCAUACCACUGCAGAGGGGAGGAACGGGCUUUGCAGCCGCUGGUGUAGAGCUUAAGGCCAAAGAAGCCCGUCCAGUGAUGCAAGUGUAAAUUAUGAUGAUCUGUGAAUUAGUAUUAUGGUAUCUAAAAAUGUAAUUUUUGUAAACUGUAGGCAGCCAGACAAUUUCAUUUGUUUCUAUAGUAUAUGAUACCUUGGACAUGUUCACUAUUGUGGCAAUGUUAUUUUUUUUUAUUGUGGCUUUGUAAGAAUGUUUUGGGAGAAAAUUGAAAUACAAAUGAAAAGGAA